AUGUUCGUGUCGCGUUCCUUUCCUGUUGCGCAGGGCGCACUCAAGCGUACAUACCCGAUUAGACGCUACGCUUCAGGCCCGCCAACAGCUGCGUUUGCAGGACAGAAGGAGAGCAAUGGAAAAUACACUGUCACUCUUAUUCCUGGGGAUGGAAUUGGCCCUGAGAUAAGCCAGUCAAUCAAAGACAUUUAUACCGCGGCAAAUGUACCAAUCCAGUGGGAGGAAGUCAGUGUCACCCCCAUUCUCAAAGGGGGGAAAACUGUUAUCCCGGACAGCGCAAUCCACUCUGUUAAGAAGAAUACUGUUGCGCUGAAAGGGCCUCUCGCAACGCCGAUCGGUAAAGGCCACGUAUCACUGAACUUGACUCUCAGACGGACAUUCAAUUUGUUUGCCAACGUCCGUCCUUGCGUGUCCAUCAAAGGCUUCAAGACACCAUACGACGAUGUCAACACAGUCUUAAUUCGUGAAAAUACGGAAGGCGAGUACUCCGGAAUUGAACAUGAAGUGAUUGACGGCGUCGUACAAUCCAUCAAGCUCAUCACUUGGGACGCCUCUGAGCGAGUUGCCCGGUAUGCGUUCCAUUACGCACAAUCAAGUGGCAGGAAGCGUGUGACCGCCGUUCAUAAAGCUAACAUAAUGAAAAUGUCAGAUGGUAUGUUCUUGUCGGCGUGUAGGGAAGUUGCGAAAGAAUUCCCCGAUGUUGCAUAUGACGAGGAUCUUCUUGACCGAGUUUGUCUUCAAGUUGUUACAAACCCAAAACCAUACUCAGACCGCGUGAUGGUAAUGCCCAACUUGUACGGCGAUAUACUGUCCGAUAUGUGCGCCGGGUUAAUUGGCGGUCUUGGCCUGACGCCCUCUGGCAAUAUCGGUCGAGACGCCUCAAUCUUUGAAGCUGUGCAUGGUUCAGCUCCGGACAUAGCAGGGAAAGGAUUAGCAAAUCCAACCGCUCUUCUAUUGUCGUCUCUGAUGAUGCUCAGGCAUAUGAAUCUAUAUGAUCAUGCGGAGAAAAUUGAGAGGGCCGCCUUAUCCACAAUUGCCGAGGGCACGACCAUUACAGGGGACCUGGGCGGUAAAGCAACAACGAAAGAGUACACCAACGCCAUCAUCCAAAAACUGGGAAGGUCCUAA